AUGAGCGGUAAUUAUCGCGCGGCCGGCGCUGAGAAAGCAGACGCGAUCACGAGGUUAGUUGAAUUCCUCGCCACGACAGGAUCGUGUCUUCUGAUAAUGAUUACGCUGCCGUUCUCCCUCUGCUGCUUGUUCAAAGUCGUCCAAGAGUACGAGCGAGCCGUCGUUUUCCGGAUGGGUCGCUUGAAAGGCGGACCUCGCGGCCCAGGCACCUUCAUCGUCAUGCCGUGCAUCGAUCACUGCGUGCGCGUCGAUCUCAGGACAGUGUCCUUCGACGUGCCGCCGCAGGAAGUGCUGACCAAGGACUCGGUGACUGUGAGCGUCGACGCGGUCGUCUAUUACCGCAUCAAGGAGCCCCUGAGCGCAGUGAUUGAAAUCGCGAACUACAGCCAUUCGACGCGGUUACUGGCCGCGAGCACGCUGCGAACGGUCCUUGGCACGAGGAAUCUCGCCGAGAUCCUGUCGGAGCGGGAGACCAUUUCCCACACCAUGCAGACCGCCCUGGACGAGGCAACGGAUCCUUGGGGAGUCAAAGUCGAGCGGGUCGAGAUAAAGGACGUCCGACUUCCGGUGCAGCUCCAACGAGCCAUGGCCGCGGAGGCGGAAGCCGCGCGGGAGGCGAGGGCCAAAGUGAUUGCGGCGGAAGGAGAAAUGCGAGCUUCCCAUUCCCUGAAAGAGGCCGGCGACGUCAUUUCCACGAGCACCGCCGCCCUGCAGCUGCGAUACCUGCAGACUCUAAACAAUGUAUGCGGCGAGAAGAACUCGACGAUCAUAUUCCCGUUGCCGGUUGAAUUCCUGGCGCCUCUGCUGGCCCCGAGCGCGCACGGCAAUCAGGGAACUGCACGGCCCGCUCUCUCAUAGGGGCGGAGGGUAAACACGAAAAAUUGCGAUCACGGUUUUGCGACUGAUUCGUGCAAACGGAGGCGAUCCUGUCAGCGAUUGCACGGUGCAAAAAAGGCACGCACGAUACACGUCACCGCGUGCGAUGUCGAGAACGAUUACACGAUGCGACGAGAAAAGGAGAACAGGUGGAACGGGAGAGAUAUCAGAUGAAGAUUGAAUAACGCACGUUGUUAUUCCGCU